AUGCUAUCAAUGCCAAUUACAAGUGAAAUCUAUCUAUCUAUCUAUCUAUCUAUCUAUCUAUCUAUCUAUCUAUCUAUCUCGUUCUGUUCAUAUCUAGCUCUGCCUGUCUCGGUCUCUCUCUCUUUAUCUAUAUAUCUAUCCUAUUCUGUUCAUCUCUAUCUCAUUCUGUUCAUAUCUAUCUAUCUAUCUAUCUAUCUAUCUAUCUAUCUAUCUAUCUAUCUAUCACAUUCUGUUUAUAUCUAUCUAUCUAUCUAUCUAUCUAUCUAUCUAUCUAUCACAUUUUGUUUAUCUAUCUAUCUAUCUAUCUAUCUAUCUAUCUAUCUAUCUAUCUAUCUAUCUAUCUAUCUCAUUCUGUUAAUAUCUCUCUCUCUCUCUCACUUACUGUACAGUCUUUCUAGCAGUGAUUACUUUAACGUGCUUGUAAAAUCUGCGACAAUCACGUUAUCAUUAUCUAUCUAUCUAUCUAUCUAUCUAUCUAUCUAUCUAUCUAUCUAUCUAUCUGUCAGUCACGUGUAUUUUACGAGAGAAUCUAUCUAUCUAUCUAUCUAUCUAUCUAUCUAUCUAUCUAUCUAUCUAUCUAUCCUCACUUAA